CGAUGCACACCUUGCCUGAACUCUGCGAUUAGGCAAUGGUCCCGCUCUCUCUUUGCUUUACUGUGUUUGGACGGUUGACUGACUGAAGAUUUGAUGAAUGAGACCUGAGGAUCUAGAGGAUGUACUACGUUAAAAAGAAGUCCCAGUACAACUUGCUGAGCAGCAGCAUGGAGAGCCUGGGGAGCCGUGCGACGUCCGCCAGCCCCUACAGCUCCGAGAACGCCUCUUCGUCGGCCGUGCCCACCCCCUCGCCGUACUCCCAGCCCAACUCCACCUUUGAGGGCCUGUCGCCUGCUCCGGCCAUCCCUUCCAACACCGACUACCCCGGCCCGCACGCCUUCCAGGUGUCCUUCCAGCAGUCCAGCACCGCCAAGUCUGCCACAUGGACCUACUCUCCCUUGCUGAAGAAGCUCUACUGUCAGAUCGCCAAAACCUGUCCGAUCCAGCUGAAGCUGUCCUCCUCGCCUCCACAUGGCAGCAUCAUCAGAGCCAUGCCCGUCUACAAGAAGGCCGAGCACGUCACAGAAGUGGUCAAAAGAUGUCCCAACCACGAGCUGGGACGAGACUUCAACGACGGUCAAGUGGCCCCGGCCAGCCACCUGAUCCGGGUGGAGGGGAACAAUCUGUGUCAGUAUGUGGACGAUCCAGUCACCGGUCGCCAGAGUGUGUUUGUGCCCUACGAAGCUCCGCAGGUGGGGACCGAGUUCACCACCAUCCUGUACAACUUCAUGUGCAACAGCAGCUGCGUGGGCGGCAUGAACAGGAGACCCAUCCUCAUCAUCAUCACUCUGGAAACACGAGAUGGUCAGGUGUUGGGCAGAAGGUCGUUUGAAGGUCGGAUAUGCGCGUGUCCCGGGCGCGACCGCAAAGCCGACGAGGACCACUUCAGGGAGCAGCAGGCCCUGAAUGAGAGCGUUGCCAAAAACGGCAGUGCCAGUAAGCGCAACUUCAAACAGAGUCCGCCGAAUAUCCCCAGUCCAAAUAUCAACAUGAGGAAGAGGCGGCACGGAGAAGAAGAGAUUUACUAUAUUCCUGUUCGUGGUCGGGAGAACUUUGAGCUGCUGAUGAAGAUUAAAGACAGUCUGGAGCUGGUGGAGCUGGUGCCGCAGCCUCUCGUGGACUCCUACAGACAACAGACACAGCAGCAGCUUCUGCAGAGACCGAGUCAUAUAGCAUCCCCGCUGUCCUACUCUCCACUCUCCAACAUGAACAAGCUUCACACCCAUGGAGGCCUCAACAAACCGCCCUCAGUCAACCAGCUGGUGGGGCAGCAGUCCCUGCAACACCCCUCUGCCCCUCCAAACGUAGCUCAUAUGGGUUCAAACAUGCUCAACAACAGCCACAUGCAGACCAAUGGUGAAAUGAAUGGUGGCCACAGCAGUCAGAAUAUAGUGUCCGCUUCCCACUGCAGCCCACCCCCUCCGUAUAACCCUGACCCCGGCCUCGUCAGUUUUCUCACCAGUCUCGGCUGUCAGAACUUCAUUGAGUACUUCACUUCCCAAGGCCUGCAGUCUGUCUACCACCUCCAAACUCUCUCCAUGGAGGAUUUAGGCGCUCUGAAGAUACCAGAGCAGUCCCGCCUCGCCAUCUGGCGAGGUUUGCAGGACAUGAAACAAGGCGCUCCCCUCCAGCUGCCCACCUCCACCCACCACCACGACUACCACGGGCAGCAGCUGCUUCGCUCCAGCAGCAACAUGGCCGCCUCGGCGAUGGCGGCCAUCGGGGCCGCCAGCGGGGAGCUGCAGCGCCAGCGUGUCAUGGAGGCCGUGCACUUUCGCGUUCGCCACACCAUCACCAUCCCCAACCGGCCGGGCGUGGUCGGCACGUCGGGGAUGGCGGCGGCCACCGACGAGUGGGCUGACUUUGGCUUCGACAUGCCCGACUGCAAAGUGUCUCGUGGGAAGCACUCCAUCAAAGAGGAGUUCAUGGAAAGCGACGUCCACUGAGAAGAAAGAGGCCUGCUUCGUCAGUAUCGCCCUGAGCUUCUUUCUGCCUGUCACAGCGUGAAACGACACGGACCGGGGUGCUUCAAUGUCGGAGCCGUAGUUUAGUCACCGAUCUUUGCUGGACGCCAAGUGGAAGGUGGAACAUUUCCUGUGUUUAAAGCACCGUCCUGUGAUCCUCAAUGAUGUGCUGAAACCACCGUUCUACUGAGAACAUCAAACAAAAGAUGACGUGAAACAUGUCCGCAGUGACAACCCCGCCAAACACACCUGGUCUGGACUGAGCGUUUCAUGCUCCAGCAGUAACACUCAGUGCAUGUUCACAUUCACAUGAUGACAGACGUCACAGCAGACACCGUCCUUUCAGUUUUCACAGUUCUCAGCUCAACUAUUUAUUUUUUAUUCAGUUUUACUUGUAUAAAUGUAAAAAUUUCAUCUGUAAUGUAAAUGUGAUUAGUUGUGCUUGAACUCGACUUUUUCUGUUGGAAUUAAUGGAUCUCCUGUUUGAACUGAUAGGAUAGAAAUCAAUAGUACGAGUACAUUGAAACAGUCAUGUGGACUUUAACUCCUUUGCUAGUAGAUUGGCAGGACUUAUAUUGAUUUCAUAUCUGUAGAAUAGUUGAAAACUGUACAAGAAAUGAGAAAUACGGCCCCCUUUUUACAAAUUAACUUCUACUUUUGAUAUCUGGAAGGUCUUUAACGUUACUGUGUGUUUUCAAUAUGACUGAGAAGCACACAGAUGUGUGACACACUGGAGUAUUUUAUCUGUGAUUGGACAGUGAUACUGAGAACAUGGGGGGAAGCUUUCAUGACUCGUUAAUUCUCUACUUUCUGUUAAUCUUUCAGUUCCUACAAAUUCAACAGUUGUUGUAAUGACAAGUAAUUCUGUGGAGUCCUGUCAGAGAUGACUGAAUAGGAAAAUAGCAGGGCUUUGAUAACGUGAUGACCUUUAGAACAGUGCGUCUUCAUCAUUUCAUUUUUUAGCAUUUGCUCAGUGGACUUUGGCAUCAAUGACGUGUACGCUAUGUCAAUGUGUUGCUGAUAUAUUUCUAUUGUGUCGUAGGAUUUAUGGUGUUAAUUCUUGUAUAGUUGAAAAAAGUGAAAGAGUUGGGAAAUAAAAUGUUAGCAGUAUUAUAUCUUAAUAACAGGGAUAUAAUUAGAUUUGUGAAUAAUAAAUUAAGAGCGAUGCCCUGUUUGUUGAGACGAGACAAGACAGUAGCAUUUUAGUCCUUCUCUGUGUAUUUUGAUGAACCUUGCAGGGCGAGGACUUGUUAUAUUGACUUUAGCUCACUGAAUACUGUGUCUUCAUGGCACUUGUUUGUACAUACUGAACAUGGACAUUCCAGUUUUACAUUUAGAUUGCCACCCAGGACGAUUAAUCGCUCUGGCAGUGUAUCAUUUUUGUCCUUCAGUCAGUUUGAUUCAGUGUGUAGCAGCAUUUUUUUAAGGCCCUCACAUAAAGAAUUCUGUUUUCACACAACAACCACAAACCAGUCAGAAAAAAAGCACUUUAUUGCUUAAAAAAAAUGAAAAAAGUUGGGAUUGUCAGUAUUAUCCAUUACCAUUAUGUAAAUACAAACAGUGCUUUGUUGAUUCUUUUUUUUUUCAUCAGUUUUGUAAUAAUUGUUAAAAUGUGUUCUUGUGAAUUGCUGUUCAUGGAUGUUAAAUAGUUCCUGACAUUAAACCCAGUGUUUUUGUUAAACCCAUGUAUUAAAUGGAUUUAAAUAUGCGCC